UUCUGGAACAGAUUGGCUCUUGGUGGUGUCUUAACCCGGAGAUUCUGGAAGAAAGCAGCUCUUGACGCCCGCCGCCGUCGCGGACGACGUUAGCGGGCGACGCUGAGAAAGCCCAAGGCUGCCGGGGACGAGGUUAGCGCGUCAGGUGCCGCCAUCUGUGGCGCCCGCCAAGCACUACAAAGGUCGAUGCGGGAACGGCAUGGUGGCGGUAUGGUCGCACAGCAUGGACAAACGUCCCGGGGACCGGACCGAGGACGACUUGGAGUCCAUCUACGGCCGGUUGCGCAGCAUCAAGGCCUUCCACCGGCUGCACCCGGUGCUGCUGCAGCAGCUGUGCUUCUACGGAUACUACGAAGACCUCGACAGGGGUGUCACGCUUUUCCGCCAAGGCGACCGUGGCUCAAACUGGUACACGGUGUUGGCGGGAUCUCUAGAUGUUCAAGUUACCCACACUGGACAUUCUAAGGACUCCGUGACACUGUGUACGCUGGGCAUCGGCACCGCGUUCGGCGAGUCCGUGCUCGACAACAGCCCGCACAGUGCCACCGUGGUCACCAACGAGUACUGCGAGCUGCUGAGGAUCGAGCAGAGGGACUUUCGAUCCAUCUGGGAGCGGAACCGGCACCUCAUGGAGGACAUCGUGUCCCCGCUGAGCACCCUUCGCACCAUAUCAGGUUCCACACGGCGGCGCGAGAGCCGGGCGCAGUCGAACGGCACGCUGCGCACCAUCCCGCCUCCUGCGCCGGCGAAGACGCCCGCGGCCGAACCAGCGCCGCUGCCCUCGCGGCACCCGCCGUCGCCCACCGAGCCGUUUCACACCAACCGGCUGCUCGUGUCACAGCCUACGGCCCAGGUUCACCGGGCGGGAUGGGUGCUGCGCACGCUGCUGCUGUUCCAGGCGCCGCAACUGAUCCGCGACCGGAAGUAUCACAUGCGCCACUUCCGGCGAUGUAUGGUGGGCACCGAGAUGGUCGACUGGCUGCUCCAGGUGCCGGCCACCCACGUGCGCCUUAACUCACGCGCACAGGCCGCCGGCAUGUGGCAGGUCCUGCUCGAGGAAGGCGCUAUCAACCACGUGACCCGCGAGCACCAGUUCAAGGACAAGUACAUGUUCUACCGGUUUCGCGAGGACGAAGAGGAGCCCACCAAGCUGCCCACGUCCGAGGACCGACUGCAGGCCGAAGAGGAACUGCAGGACGUGCUCCUGCUGCUUAUGCAGCUCACGCCGGACGCCGUGCUGCGCAUGAUACUGCGGAAGCCGCCCAUGGAGAGGACCCUGGACGAUCUGGACCUCAUCUACGAAGAGCUGCUUCACAUCAAGGCCCUGUCGCACCUCUCCAACAGCGUCAAGCGUGAACUCUACGGGGUGAUGAUCUUCGAGUCUCACCCUAAGGCCGGAACUAUACUCUUCAACCAAGGUGACGAGGGCAAGUCCUGGUACAUCAUACUACGGGGCUCCGUCAACGUCGUCAUCUACGGCAAGGGCGUCGUGUGCACUCUGCACGAGGGAGACGACUUCGGCAAGCUGGCGCUCGUCAACGAUGCACCACGCGCGGCGACCAUAACGACUCGCGAGGACAACUGCCACUUUCUGCGAGUCGACAAGGAAGACUUCAACCGCAUCCUCAGGGACGUGGAAGCGAACACAGUAAGGUUAAAAGAACACGGCCAAGAUGUUCUACUGCUGCAAAAGAUACCGGCUGACGCAAGAAACACCAACGGUGCACAUUCUCAUUACAAGUAUAUGGUUAUGGCAGGAACCCCGCAGAAGAUGUUGGAACAUCUAUUAGAAACCCGGAUAGACACUAGAACAGAAGAAUCCUCAGAUACUUUCUUAGAAGAUUUUCUGCUGACUCACGUCAUAUUUAUGCCAAGCCAUCAGCUGUGCCCAGAACUUAUGAAGCAUUAUCGAAUCGAUCUAGCGAAUUCGAGGCAAGAGAAGGAGUUCAUCCUCGCAAACAAGAGACGGGUUGUGCAAUUCGCCAACAGCUGGGCGCUCACGGUGCGGGAAGCCUUUUUCGAGGAUCCAGUCAUCCAGGCUUUUGUAGACGAGCUCCUAAAGGCGGUCAAAGAGGACAGCACGAAAUACGCAGGCUGCCUGCAGGAAGAACUCAGGACAAUGACGAGGAUCAUGGACUUACAGGAAAAUGUAUUUCUUUUCAGGUACGUGAAAGAACACGAGUGCUCGGCCCCGCAGCGUUGGAAGGUGGGUCCCUUCGGCCACAUCCGUCACCUGUCGUCCGGAAGCACGACGUCUGAGGACACGGUUGACGUGCACCGGCCCAUCAAGCCCAACGACGAGAUAAUCUUCAGGGUAUACUGUGCCGACCACACGUACACCACACUGAAGACUGCGGUGAGCGCCACGGCGGAAUUCAUCAAGAGGAAUGCUGCCGAAAAGUUGAGCCUCAAGGAUGACUUGGUGCUUGUCGAAGUGAAAUCUUCGGGAGAACGUAUCGCAUUCAAGGACUCUGAGGUGAGCGUACCCACCGGUCUGAGUAUCAAUGGAAGGGUCUUCAUUUCGCCGGCAGAUCACCUGGACGCCCUCACGCCUCUGAGCGAACAAGAGGGCCCGGUGGAAGGGACAGGUGCACUUCUGGAGACACUCAGCUCGCAUGACAUCGCCUACCACAUGUCCCUCUACGACUGGCAUCUGUUCUCCUGCAUACACGAGUACGAGCUCAUCUACCAGGUGUUCGGCAGGCAUCAGUUCCGGAAAAUCAUGUCCAACCUAGACGUGUUCCAGAGGAGGUUCAACGAGGUUCAGUUCUGGGUCGUCACCGAGAUGUGCCUGGCGAAUCCGAUCGGACGGCGAGUGCAGCUUCUACGGAAGUUCAUCAAGAUUGCUUCCCACUGCCGCGAGUACCAGAACUUGAACGCGUUCUUCGCCAUCGUCAUGGGACUGAGCAACGUGGCCGUGAGCCGGCUGAGCCAGACGUGGGAGCGGCUGCCGGGAAAAGUGAAGCGCACCUUCGCCGAAUUCGAAACGCUCAUCGACCCGUCACGGAACCACCGGCGUUACCGCGUGGCCGUGUCGAAGGUGCAGCCCCCGCUGGUACCUUUCAUGCCCCUCCUGCUGAAGGACAUGACCUUCUGCCACGAAGGAAACAAGACCUACAUCGACGGUCUUGUCAACUUCGAGAAAAUGCACAUGAUUGGACAGACACUCCGGUCACUGAGGCACUCAAGAAGCCAAAGAUUAAAUUUGGAACCACCUCCACCAGGAAAAGUUCAGCAAGAUGUUCGUGAGUACAUAAGAACACUCAAGGUGAUCGACAAUCAGAGGAGACUUACACAACUAUCACAUGCUUUGGAGCCACGGCGGCCAUGAAGAUGACGCUCCAGUCUUAAUUUAUUCAGACUUAGCAUGCAACGCUAGCCACGAUCUAUGAUACUUCAUUGUUCUCAGCUUCCUUUGGAAUUCAUGGUAACAUUGUAGUUUAGGUGUAAAUGCGGAAACAAAGCAACUCGUCACAUGGUGCAUACAGAAUUGUGUUAUAUAUACAGAUAGGGCUAAGGAAAGCAGUGAAGACCAAUCGUCCAUUUAGAAGAGCCACUUGCCAGCAAAGGUAGAGCUGAAGGUUAAUUGAACAAGGGCGGGAGGAGGAGUGCAGCUGUCACUACAACUGCUGCUGCCACUGCAGCACUACAACUACAUACUACAAGCUGUUUUACUCAUGGUUGUUGCCUCAAGCCAAGACUCCACUGUUGCAGUGUAUCUGUGGUAAUUUCCCGAUGCUCACUGUUCUCUGCCAGAUGUGAGGUGAAAUGGCAAAGAUAGCAGAAGCAUAAGCUUCAUCACCGGCCUAUGUAUUGUUUUUCCCAAUGUUAAUUUGGAAGCUUUGUCGCACCUGAAGAUAUUUUGUGCUAUAGUGUGCAUUCAUUACAAAGCUCACUCAAGCUUAGCACCUGUCAUUGGACUCUCUUUCAAUGAAUGAAGUUCUUCACGUAUCAUUAACGAUAAUUGAAGAUGUUUGUUUCAGGACCCUAGGUAUAUAUAAAGUAUUAUUCGUGGGACUAAUGUUCAUAGGACGACGUCUAGCUUGGCUUAAUUGUACCUUCAAGGGCAAAACAAAUGUGCAUCCAGUAAAAUGUCUUGAAAGCCAGUAUUGUAGUGAACAGUGCAGACACAGCGACCUACCUUUAUGAAGGCUGAAAGGACAGUCUUUCGGUAAGGGCUGUGAAUUACACUGCACAAUUAAAAGGUAAUUUUCUAAGGAACAUUACAUGCUAUCAAAAGUUCUGUAAAAUUAUUGCGAACAUUUAUGAGCAUGAAUGAACAUAAAGCUAGCAGAAGAAUACUCAGUGCAAGAAUUUAAAAAAGAUAUUAUCGUGGUCACUGCUUUGGUCCUCUAAGUCAGUGGGCACAGCACUUCUGUUGUCUUUGCCAUUUUCAUUUGAUAUUCUCCAUCUUCCCUGGCUCUAUACCGCACUGCGGCAAGUCUUGAGCUAUUGAUGGAUCCUCCUAGCCCUGUGUAAAGUCCUGACCGGGUAAAUGGUCUAGAUUUUUGUUUCCCAGAAAACCACAUGUUUGUGAACAAAACUCCUGAGCUGGGGUACUUGUACCUGAACUAUUUUUGAGAGACCGCUUCGUUCCUGGACAGAUUUUUUAUGUAGACCUUUACCCAGAUUCUACAAGAUGUUGUACAUACGUUUGUACAGUGUAGAAGAAGAACAUAUUUUCAUUUAGUUUUAUUUGUUCUAUAUGUUCUCAUCAUUCCUUGUUGUUGCAUGCUGUUUAUUUAUAACAUGUAUUCACGUACAUCGAUGCGAUCCAGUUUAACACCAUUCCAGUUAUUUUUAAAGAUAAAUAGGUCACGUGUCUUAAUUUUUAUCCAC